AUGGAAUAUUUAAGUGAAACAUUUAAGAAUUUAGAAGUAUAUUAGAAUGGCUAACUCAUUAAUUAUUAGCAUAAUAAAUCAGAUUAAGAAGAUAAUUAGAUUAUUGAAGACUUCAUUACUAAAUUUAAUUUUAAUUUGCAACAAACAAAAACUGAUGAUUAAUUAAUUGAUCGAUUCUCUUAAAUGAAUUGCCAAGAAAACUGA